ACUACCAUUCACUUUCAUCGUAUCUUUUCAAAAUUCAUAACACAGGAAUAGGUAGUUUCAUGUCUGGAAUAUUGUGCCGUGUAGUCUGAUAGAAAAUAACCGACGUUUCAGAGGUACUCACUGUUUCUAUCAGUGCAUCACCAUGCCUGGAUGCAAAUUCACGUUGCCAACAUUGAGUUCCUGGUCUGUAUGUUGGUAAUUAUAUGUGAUAGAAGAGGAUGUUACUUGUGCUGCAAUGUUGUGUGGUAUGAUAUGUUAGGUAUUUAGUGAACUUGAAAGUCGUAGGGUUUGUAUAAUUGUAAAGGAAUUCACAAUUAUUUAUUUUGCCCCGGAUUGUAAACAUCGUAUUGAUAUGGAUAAUAGUGAAAGCGGUGACGAUUUGGGAAAUAGUUUCCUUACUGUCGAAUCACAAGGGUACAUGGUUCAGGGAGAAGAGCUUGAUGAUGAUGGAGAUGCAGCUCUGACAGCAGAAAAUACGGAUGACUCAAAUCAAGGCGGUGGAGACAAAUCUGGAUAUCCACUACGAGAACAGGAUCGUUUUUUGCCAAUUGCCAACAUUGCCAAAAUAAUGAAGAGAGGAAUACCAGAACCUGGGAAGAUUGCAAAGGAUGCACGUGAAUGUGUUCAGGAGUGUGUAUCUGAGUUUAUCAGCUUCAUUACCAGUGAAGCUAGUGAUCGUUGUCACAUGGAGAAAAGGAAAACUAUCAAUGGAGAAGAUAUUCUGUUUGCGAUGACAACUCUUGGGUUUGAUAACUAUGUAGAACCCUUAAAACUGUAUCUUCAGAAAUACAGAGAGGCAACCAAAGGUGAUAAACCUCUAGGGUCUAGUGAGAUUUAUGAGGAAAUGACUCAAGAUGCUUUCAAUGCUCAAGCAUUGGCAGGCAACAUCCUCACAACUGACCAGAAUGGGCAAACAGAGACAGUGAUCUACACAUAUCCUGAUCAGAUCCAGCAGUUUCAGUUGGUAUGAAUUAUGACUUCAGUGCAGGGCGGCAAACUGAAGAAUGGGCCCUUUUGCAUGUUUGGAGGCCGAGGCAUUCUGUAUGAACGUUUCUACCCCUUCCUUUCAUGGCUGAGAUGGAGAUUUUUAAUUUCUGAAGAUGACAGUGCUUUGAGACCAAAUGGCUGUUAUUCAUUCAUAAAUGACAUUACAGUUUGAACUGUAUACUGUUCAUUACAAAGAAACUAAUCAAGCGUGUAUGAUGGAAAAUCAGUUGAUGCAUCCGCAUUUGUCAACUCUUCCAUUUAUUUAUUUUUUCAGGUUGUACAUUAGGUGACGUGUAGAAUUUGGGUUCAAAGAUGGAAACAUGUAGUGCACAUGAACAGUGACCAAUUUAUUAUAGUUGAGAAGUCAGUGAUUUAAAGUUAGUGUGGCUGUUUCAUGUUCUGUUUCUUCUUUUAUAGUGGCAAUAUUUACUGGGUAGUUUGGUGACUCUACAUUUAGCUUUUCUUAUGUAAAUAAACUCUUUACAAAUGUUUAUUUUAUUCCAGUAGUGAUGAUAAUUUUCUUGUACAAGGAUUUUUACACUUUGUAGUUCAUUGCAUCACUGACAGCUGUGUGGUGAUAGAAACUGAAUGUAGAUAUGAUAGUAAUGGAACUUUAAAACCACUACAUUUUCCUUAAUCUGUAUAUAUAUUAUAACUAAAUUUAACGAAUGGUUUCAAUAAGUUUGGUAGCUCCAGUGGCUUGCUGGAAUAAGUGAAAUUUCAUGCCGAUGCCAAAAAAGUUAGCUGCAUGUGACAAAAUUCAACAUUUUUUUUCCCUUCCCCAGUCUGUUACAUUUAGUUUCUGUUAUUAAAAUAAAGAAGUUAUUUGUAUGUGUUUA